ACUAAACACCCCGGCUGCAUGGUACAGUCCCACGUGGCGUGCAAGAAAAUGGCGACGUUGGACGAUGAUCAGGUUGCAAAGGCUGCCAAGGCCCUGGUAACUUUCCACGAGGAGAGAGGAACGAAGAAGAAGAAGGGAAAGAAAGAUUUGCUGGACGAUGAAGCGGCCAUGCCCGUGUUCAUGCAGUUCUCAGUCAAAAGGAUCCCAAAGGACAAGAACCAGAAAUAUCUUAUAAAACUUCCUCACAUCAUUCAGAAGCCCCGGGAGGUGUGCCUGUUUACCCGAGACAGGAAGAACCUGGAGCCAGAACUCCCCACUUCUGAGCUGUACUACAGGGACCUGCUCAAGAAAAAGGGAGUCACGUGUGUCAACGAGGUUAUCUCUUACAACAAGCUGGCUAAGGAGUAUAAGCAGUAUGAGUCCAAGCUACGUCUGCUCAAGUCCUUCGACCUGUUCCUCUCAGACCGAGCAGUCACCCGGUUGCUCCCCUCCCAUCUGGGAAAACACUUCUACGCUGCCAAGAAGUUCCCUAUUGAUGUGAACUUGGAGAAGAAGAACCUGAAGGAAGAGUUCCAGCGUGUCAUGGGCAGUACCAGGUGUACAAUCACUGGACAUGGCUCCUGUAGCUCUGUAAUGGUGGGCAGCACCAGUAUGACAGCAGAACAGGUGAAAGAAAAUGUGCUGGCUGUGGCUAAAGAGCUGGGAAACAAACUAGAGUUUGGCUGGUCCAACAUGAAGUCAGUCAGCAUUAAGUCUCAGAAGUCCCCAGCUCUCCCAGUCUACGUGAACAUGGAGCCGCUCCAGGUGUCGUCAGAAACCAUCGCUGCCUGGCGGAAGGAGAGGAUCCAGAACCAAGAGGACCGUCAGGCCUCAAAGAAGAGAAAGAACAGGAAGAAGAAAAGGAAAUCAAAGCAAGCUGCAAAGACUGAAGAGGCCACGGCAGAAGGCAAGAAGAAGACACCUGAGGAACCAGGUGAGAGUAAGAAACAGAAGAAAAAGGAGUCAGAGGAAGGAAAAGAGAAUGCUGAAGAGGGACCAGUGCAAGGUGACGAUCAGAGAACAAAUCAGGAGUCGGCAGGGAAACAGAAGAAACAAGCAGCAGAAAAAGGAGCACAGAAAGUCCCAGAGCCAAUGAAGAUUCAAAAUGGACAGGAUACCAAAGAUGAGAAAGCAAAGGAAGCUGGGAAGGUACAGAAGCAGAAAGCAGAGACCACCAAAGCUGUUGGGGCGGCCAAAAAACAGCAGCCACAGGAAGAGUCAAAGGUGGGCAAAGCAGUCACUGCAGACAAGGUUAAGGAACAGGAAGAGAACGAAGAGGAUGAUGAUGAUGAUGAUGUUAUAGAGGAAGAAGAUGAGGAUGAGGAUGAGGAGAUGUACAGUGAUGAGUCUGAGCUGGAGUUUGAGAGUGAUGAUGAUGAGGAAGAUGAUGAUGAAGAGGAGGAAGACAGCUUCAUAGAUGACGAAGCUGAGGAGGGAGAAGAAACAGAUGAAAGUGAUGAAUGGGAACUGAUAGAAGGUGAAGAAGGGAGUGAAGAAGAGUCGGAGGGGGAAGGAGAGGAAGAUGAGGAUGAGCCAACACCUCCGAAAAAGAGAAAAAUUGUGAAAUCAGGUAAGCCUGCUGCAUCCCCAAGGAAGAACAUCAAGGCUGUAGAGAAGGCAGAAGCCCUGAAGAAGAACACUCCCAAAUCUACACCCUCGAAGAAACCCCAGAUGGAGACAACUCCAGUCACCAAGCAAGGCACAAGUGGGAAACCCAAAGCUGCUCCCAAACAGAAGGGUACUCCAAGGGCAGCUGCGAACAUUCCUCAGAAGGCCACACCGAAAUCCAUGGGUACACCCAAAGCAAGCAGUACCCCCAUGCCCACCACCCCGAUGACAGGGGUAUGGAAGGUUACUCCUGGGCAGAAGUCAGGUGGUAAAACACCUGUGGGGGGGCAGAAGUCAGGUGGUAAAACACCUGUGGGGGGGCAGAAGUCAGGUGGUAAAACACCUGUGGGGGGGCAGAAGUCAGGUGGUAAAACACCUGUGGGGAAGAAAGCUGCAGGGAAGGGCUCCAAACCAUCAACACCUAUGUCUGCCAAGGGGAAAAGGAAACAUAACUGAAUUUAUCUGUAACUCAUUUCUUUGUGGCUGUUA